AUUUCAAUUUUCCGGUGCACAAACAAAUGGCGACCACUUUGUUGUCCGUACACCAUUUUCUUCCCUCCCAAAGGAGGGAAAAGAUUGGAUACUUGAGUGCUUUGAAUUCAUUUUGUGGACAAGUUGCGUUUGCUCCAAGUUUCUCUUUGAGACAAAUAGCUAGAAGCCAUGGAAACCGUCUUGUUGUUCGCUCAGUGGUUGGGAGGAAGGUGAAGAGCAGAGAGACGGUGAUUCCUGAGCCAGAUUACAGGAUUCCAAUUGUGCUACUCGGUAUAGCUGGUGGGUUGGUUUACACAGAUAAUCUGAUACCUGCAGUACCUGCUGGUCUCCUUGGAUUGCUUCUGUUGUUCCAGACCACUAGAGUGAGAUUUGUCUUUGAUGAUGAAGCUCUGGAGGUAAGGAUAGGUGACCAGCUCCAGGAAUCAGGUGAGAAUGUUUUCGUGGGAGGAAAAAACCGCUGGAAGUACUCAACAUUUGUCAAUUGGGAAUUCUGGUGGCCAAACUUCCCUAUUUUGGUUUACUUCAAGGAAACGCAAACAAAACCUGAGGGACAAAUUCAUUUCUUCCCAAUAAUCUUUAAUGGGAAACAACUUUAUGAUGCUAUGGUGGAAAGGGCUGGCCCUUCAAAAACUAGUGGGCCAAGAUAAUCCUAAGGACUGAGCUGUGCGGUUAGAUCCUCAGGUAGCAUUGUUUAGCAGUUGGCACGUCUCCGAUUUGGGCAUCCUGCUAUAACUUAUUUUGAUGUUGAGGAGCACAAUCUCUUUAGAUGGUAAAUUUCUGUUGUCUUCUGAGGUCCUUGCGUAGGUCAGAACUUACGUGACUUGUUGCUACUGCCCUUAAUCUUCAUGCUUGCCUUGUAGCAUAAGUAGAUCUAUGCGAAAUUUGGUAGAAAAGCUGAAGUUCAAUGGUGAUAUGCCCCAACCGUACUGUUAUAUAUCCCUUGCAUGUAUGAUGUGUUAUUUAUGUAACAGAUAUUUUGUAUUUGUAGCAUCAGUGGCUACAGAAUUCGUUGUUUUUAACAGAUAUGAUGUGUAUAAAUGCACCUGAUUUUAGAAUCUGGAUCCCCCGCAAAGAGGCUUUUGAAGUUGGGAUUGAUAUUUGUAUAUCUUUGUGAGAGUACGAAGACGACUUAUGUUUUUCCUCCAGUAGCCAGCAAGUUGAAGCUAAACAAACAAAUCUAUUAUUUUGAAGUAUUGUUAGCAAUUAGCAUAUAACACAAGUAUAGUGCUUCCAAUUUCUUUUGAGAUUAAUCAGUGAUUUGAACUUCAUUUUGGAAGAUGUAAAAUUUUAAGUUACCCGUGAUCUUCAUUUGAUUGUGACAUCAAAUAUGAGAAGCUUUAUGUU